GACAGCGACAGGAGAGCCACCAAUAGCGGGUGGCGUGGGAUCAGCUACACCGAUUUAACUAAUCCUACGGACGCCCAAAGGUGCGGUGGAUCCCCGGCAGUAGGUGCGCUACAGAGAAACCUGGGAAGGACGAACGACCUCGGCCAAACGAGUGGAUUGUAGCGUGCAUCUGUAGGGCUGCUCCCCCACAAUGAUCAUAACACUGCGGGCUCUCUUCGAGCAAGGGAGGACAUUUUUGGAUGCGCAGAAAACAGUAAUCGAAGAUUUCGCCAUGAACAAAAACAAGAGAGAAAGAGAGUUCUACAGCCUUGAUGUUGGGGAUUCGACUUUCACAGUACUGAAGAGAUACCAGAAUCUAAGACCCAUCGGCUCAGGAGCACAGGGAAUUGUCUGCUCUGCUUACGACCAAACCCUAGACCGAAAUGUUGCCAUCAAGAAGCUGAGUCGGCCGUUUCAAAAUCAAACCCAUGCCAAGAGGGCCUACAGAGAGCUAGUCCUAAUGAAAUGCGUCAAUCACAAAAAUAUCAUUGGCCUUCUAAAUGUAUUUACACCACAAAAAUCAUUAGAAGAGUUCCAAGAUGUAUACUUGGUGAUGGAGCUGAUGGAUGCCAACUUGUGCCAGGUCAUUCAGAUGGAGCUGGACCAUGAGAGACUGUCCUAUCUCCUCUAUCAGACGUUGUGUGGUAUCAAACACCUCCAUGCUGCAGGCAUAAUUCACAGGGACCUCAAGCCCAGUAACAUAGUUGUCAAGUCAGAUUGUACACUGAAGAUUUUGGACUUUGGCUUGGCUCGGACGGCUGCCACAGGCCUCCUGAUGACACCGUAUGUUGUUACACGCUACUACAGAGCACCAGAGGUUAUCCUGGGCAUGGGCUACCAAGCCAAUGUGGACGUAUGGUCAGUGGGCUGCAUAGUGGCCGAGAUGAUCAAGGGAAGCGUGUUGUUCCCCGGCACUGAUCACAUCGACCAGUGGAACAAGGUAAUUGAGCAGUUAGGCACUCCAUCUCAGGAUUUUCUCAUGAAGUUGAACCAGUCAGUAAGAACGUACGUAGAGAACAGGCCACGCUAUGCUGGAUACAGCUUUGAGAAACUCUUCCCAGAUGUGCUCUUCCCUGCCGACUCAGACCACAAUAAACUGAAAGCAAGCCAAGCAAGAGAUCUCUUAUCCAAGAUGUUAGUGAUUGAUGCCUCCAAGCGCAUUUCUGUAGAUGAGGCCCUGCAGCACCCCUAUAUCAAUGUUUGGUACGACCCAGCUGAAGUGGAAGCGCCACCUCCAAAGAUCUUAGAGAAACAGCUGGAUGAGAGGGAGCAUACCGUGGAGGAGUGGAAAGUGCUUAUUUAUAAGGAAGUGAGUGAAUGGGAGGAGUGGACAAGAAAUGGUGUGAUAAGAGGCCAGCCGCCUCCUUUAGGUGCAGCAGUGAUUGAAAGCCCCCCUCAGCCCAGGUCCUCCUCUUCUUCGGCCAACGAUGUCUCGUCCAUGUCCACAGAACCCACUGACCCCAGCAGUGACCCCACCAUGACCUCUGAAACAGACAGCAGCUUGGACAGCCACACCUCUCUGGGUGCACUGGCCUGCUGCAGAUAACGCACAUAUACAAUACACACACACACACACACACACACACACACACACACACACACACACACACACCCAAAGCAAACCCUUUCUCAUCAGUGUGUGUGGUGUGUGGGAUGGGAGAGGAUUUAGGCCAAUGGAAGUUCUCAUGUUAGUUUGUAGAGCUGCGCUUUUAAUGUACAGUUUAUUAUUUCCCCUCCCCCUAUACUGCUGUAAAUGAUUGUGGUUGGAAAUUGUAUCAUUAUUACUGUAUUUUUGCUGCAAAGAAUCAGAGUAUGUUUUGAUGUGAAUCUGUGGUGUAUGUUUUGAAAGAGAGGGAUUUGAGUGUACUUUACUACAUUGCGGUUUUUUAGCUACUGCUACACAGUUGAAUACCAAGCUGUUGGCACUGCAAUAUUAUGUUAAGUAUAUUUUUGAAUUGUUCAUUGGCAUUUUUUUAAUUAUUUUUGGGACAUUUGAAUGAAUCUACACCUAUUCUCUUUUUAACAAUAGAAUAUAGCGCACUUCAUUUUGUAUCCAAUUUUAAAUGAAUGAUUUUUAUUUUGACAUUGUUCCUCAUCUUUCUUGUAGAAAGCAUCCUUUGGUGUAUCCAAGUUAACUUAUUUCUUAGUAUUAUGUCACCUCUGAUCGUGUGCGUCUCGACAAGCAGUCAUAUGGUUUAAUUGCCCUGACACUGAAUUUCUUUUUUACUAUAGCACACUGUUAACUGACUGUAUUUGAACUUGUUAAGUUAUUUAGAUGUAAUUUGUAAGCGAUUGUCUGUUGGAUGAGCAAACACAGGGUGAAUGUAAGUAAGUAGAAAUGUGGUAUAGUGAGGAGCCAGUGAUUACUGUUAGCGCUGUAACAAAUGUAAUAUGGGCCACUCCACUGGCUAGAAUGAGUUCUGUAUUUGGGGAUUGUCACCAGAGACUAAGUCUAAAUUAGUCACUUUACCCUUUUGGCAGGUUCUUUCAGGCGUUAUUCACAGCUGUCUGAUAUUUAAAAACUUUAAUUUAAGUGCCCUUACUCAGUUAAGUGAUUUUCAGUCCUCUCUGUUGUAGAUUUUCCUCUCUUCUGUGGUGCAUCUUUCUGAGUUCUACCUCACACAAGCACACACUCACUCAAACACAUUUCUUUAAAGAUACAGUUUGUAUAUCAUGGCACACAUAAUUCGAAAGAAAUGUGAAAAAAGAUCAAUUUUCUUUUCUGUAUUUGCAUUAUUUAUUUAUUUCGAGCUAGGAGAUGUCUAUUGUAUGUAAUGUACAUUUCAUUCAGAAGUACUAUUUAUAUGCAUUUUUUUUUAUUUUUUUUUGUUUUCUGUGCAAUAUAAUUCAUAGAUUAAUAUAGCCAGUCAUUGAUCUGUACAUUUUACUGUAGAUGUAUGUGUGUUUUCUGAGAGUCAGGAAACGUGCCAUGGUAAUCUUGGAUGUAGUUGAUUGCUCAAAUUCCCAAAAUGUCCUUUUGCUCUUUUUAAUGGUUGGGCACUCCAGGAAGUAACCCCUUGCAUCAGCUCCCAGAAUGCACUUUGGGGAUUGUGACGCAUGCCCUGACCUGUUCUGGGCCACAUCUCAACUAACUGUUGUGGCCUUCUCUUAUUUUUAUGUUAUUUUCCUCUUCUCCACCUCUUCAAAAAUAGAAAAGAUAGAAUAGACCACGCAUGAGUUUUCUCUGGUUUUAGUGCAGGUAUAUUUAGAGGAAAGCCAUUCAGCACUACUGGGAUAAUGCUGCAGUCUUCUGAUGGUUUGGCUAAUAUGACAGCAGACCUGUUGUGGUGUGUUUUGCUCAGCCCAGUUGUGUGACGUUUAGCCUUUAGAUCUGAAAAUGCCUCACUAACAGACGAUUACAUACAUCAGAAACUGUCUACCUUCAACUCCAGCAAAUAAAAGAUUUAAAUUUUAA